UUCAAAAAGGAAACCCGGAAAUCAACUUCUCUUAGAAACGCAUCCUCCUACCUGCGCCGUGGCGCUUUUGUGGGAAGGAGACAGUUCUGGCCGCUCCCCAAGCAGUCCCUUCCAGGGGCAGGCCGGCGAGCUGGGCCGGCGGAAGCCCCGCGGCGCAGGCUGGCCAGCCCGGGCCCGGACGCCUGAGAGCUGUUGUGAGCGGAGUUGUACUUGUGUUCUUGCUGACCCAUCUCCAGGGCCACUGCCAUGUCAAGCCGGGGUGGGAAGAAAAAGUCCACCAAAACCUCACGGUCCGCCAAGGCAGGGGUCAUCUUCCCUGUGGGGCGGAUGUUGCGGUACAUUAAGAAAGGCCACCCCAAGUACAGGAUUGGAGUGGGGGCACCCGUGUACAUGGCUGCUGUCCUGGAGUACCUGACAGCGGAGAUCCUGGAGCUGGCUGGCAAUGCAGCAAGAGACAACAAGAAGGGACGGGUCACACCUCGGCACAUCCUGCUGGCAGUGGCCAAUGAUGAAGAACUGAAUCAGCUGCUAAAAGGAGUCACCAUAGCCAGUGGAGGGGUGUUACCAAACAUCCACCCUGAGUUGCUAGCCAAGAAGCGAGGAUCCAAAGGAAAAUUGGAAGCCAUCAUCACACCACCCCCAGCCAAAAAGGCCAAGUCUCCUUCCCAGAAGAAACCGGUAUCUAAGAAAGCAGGAGGCAAGAAAGGGGCCCGGAAAUCCAAGAAGAAGCAGGGAGAAGUCAGCAAGGCAGCCAGCGCCGACAGCACAACUGAGGGCACGCCUGCCGAUGGCUUCACCGUCCUCUCCACCAAGAGCCUCUUCCUCGGCCAGAAGCUGAACCUUAUUCACAGUGAAAUCAGUAAUUUAGCCGGCUUUGAGGUGGAGGCCAUAAUCAAUCCUACCAAUGCUGACAUUGACCUUAAAGAUGACCUAGGAAACACGCUGGAGAAGAAAGGUGGCAAGGAGUUUGUGGAGGGUGUUCUGGAACUCCGGAAAAAGAAUGGGCCCUUGGAAGUCGCUGGAGCUGCUGUCAGCGCAGGCCAUGGCCUACCCGCCAAGUUUGUGAUCCACUGUAACAGUCCAAUCUGGGGUGCUGACAAGUGUGAAGAGCUUCUGGAAAAGACAGUGAAGAACUGCUUGGCCCUGGCAGACGAUAAGAAGCUGAAAUCCAUUGCGUUUCCAUCCAUCGGCAGCGGCAGGAACGGUUUUCCAAAGCAGACAGCAGCUCAGCUGAUUCUGAAAGCCAUCUCCAGUUACUUCGUCUCAACAAUGGCCUCUUCAAUCAAAACAGUGUAUUUUGUGCUUUUCGACAGUGAGAGUAUAGGCAUCUACGUGCAGGAAAUGGCCAAGCUGGACGCCAACUAGGCAGAGGAACUACAGAGCCAGCCCACAUCGCGUCCCCUGCCUCCCAUUUGAAAGAAAGAAAGAAAAAAAAAAAAAUCCCUUCACUCCUGGGAGGCGGGAACCCUUUCAUUUUCAAUUUUGCUCAUCUAGGGAAAAUAAGGUUUUGGUUUUCAGUUUGUUUUUGACCUUCUAAAAUGUUUUUAUGUUAGCACUGAUAGUUGGCAUUACUGUUGUUAAGCACUGUGUUCCAGACCAUGUCUGACUUUAGUGUAACCUAGGAGAUUUUAUAGUUUUAUUUUAAUGAAAAACCCUGAUUGGUGCAGAACAGUGGGAAGAGCAGUGUCUUUCACAUGUGGCAGAAUCCAGGAAGCCCCAUUUUGUAACUGUGUGUUGUGGUGCUUUAUUGUACACCCAGUGGCAUUCUUUUUACUAUAAUGUUCUUUUUUUUUUUUUUUCCUCAAGAAGAAAAGAAAAGUCAUGAAUUUGCAGCAGACCUAACUGUUUUUUUUGGUUAUCGUCUUAAUGAUGUAUUUGGAAAGGAAAGAUUUAAAAGACAGAACAGAACCUGUUGUCCUUAAUUAUAUUUGCAAUUUGGAAUUUGUGUGAAUUGAUUUAGUAAAAUGUUAAACGGUUACUGUGA